AUGGCGAACAACACAAGAUACUACUACUCGCUCCCAACGCAACCACCACAGCAGCCACGGUCCACAUCAGGCAGCCGUCGACCACCUCUAACGCCUUCAACCGUCUCCUCGCCAUGUCUUACAACACAAUCGACGAUAGCAAGCCGAAGAGACUCAGGAUCGGGGAGUCCGACCAAGGCCUCUGCCCUACUUGCCAAGGUUGCCUCGCACCCAUCCACCCCAAGGACCGAGACACCACCAGGUAGCCCGAUCUCGUCACCAGAAGAGAGGAUGCACUCGAGUCCAAUGUACAGCCCAGACCGACCUGCUGUAUGGAGGAGCGAGAGUGCUCGCUAUGUCCAUCAGUAUAGGCAGCAAGAUGGCUACAUCAGCUUUCCAGACUUUGAGAAGUUCUGCCAGUCUCAGAAUCCCUACCAGCAACAGCGCAGAGAUCACAGUGCCGUGAGGACUUGA